GCACUUUGUGUAUUUGAACCGACUCCUCUCGCCUCCCCGCUGUUUUCCUGCACCGGAGGCGGGCAAUUAGAGCAGCCGGUCGCCAAGAAACGGGUCCGACGAAUUGGUUUGGCAUUCGCUGCCUGUAUGGAGUCUAAGUUGGGCGCGCAGAGGGCACAGAAAUGUUGGGGAUCUAUGGAGUCACGACGUACGACGCAAACGCAGCUCGUCAUGACCUGAAGUGAAUCACGACGGGAUUUCUUUAGUGACGUGAAAUUUAGGUUGGAUGCAAUUAGGCAUGGCUUGCGUGCUGCAUAUUUACCAGCAGCUGUGAGCGCCGUCGCUGCUUUUUUUUUUAAACACCACUUUCCAUCACCUCGUCUUGUUUCUUUUUUAUUUUCUGGCUUUAAUUUAAUUAGAAAUGUAGCUUUCCGUUAAGGGCAGACAUUUCCCUGCAUCCUGAACUUGCUCCAACUGAUUUUCCCCCCCUCUCUUCUCGUGGCUCUGGCGAAGUCAAGUGUUUGCGGAUUUCUCUGCUGCUCCAUGCUUCGUGCACCUGUGGACGCCCGCACAAGGCACAAGGAGGACGCUUUUCUUUCGUUCCCCACCUCGCUCGCUUUAUUUUUUAGGGUGCUUCUUUCCCCCCUUGUAGAAUAAAGUCGGAUGCACGGCUGGAUUUGCAGCAGUCAGGUCACAUUCAGCACCACAUCACCUCGGAACAGCUCCCGGUCGUCGCGUGUGGAUGGGCUCUGCCGGUCUCCGUGUCUCCUGCAGCUCCUAACUACCGGCAACAAUGGCAUCACACGGUUUCUGGUCUCUCGGCGGAGAUAAUGCGGGGGCCAACACCGGCAAUCAGAGCCCCAGUACGCCCAGGGCUUGGUGCCAAGCGGCGGCCCAGAAAUUAUCCGGAGGAAUCGGAUCGAAAUUAUGUGCGCUGCUCAAUGUCGGGGAAGUGGAGAAACCCGCCGACCCGGACGCCAAGCAGCCGCCGCCACAGACCGCUGCUGGAACCUGCGGCUGCAACAAAUCCUGCAACUGCACCAAAGCUCCUUUGGUCUUCUCCGACCUCUAUUCAACAGACCUGCUACCUGCCAUGGAUGGCGACACCAAAACAAUGACCUUCCUGCAAGAAGUUGUGGAUAUUUUACUGGCCUACAUAGUGGAGUCUUUCGACCGGGAAACGAAAGUUAUCGAUUUUCAUUAUCCAAACGAGCUGCUCCAGAUGAACAACUGGGAGCUGCAGGACGAACCGGCCACUCUGGAUGAUAUCUUGAUCAGCUGUCGCGCAACGCUCAAAUACGCCAUUAAAACAGCCCACCCCAGGUACUUCAAUCAGCUCUCCACAGGAUUAGACAUGGUCGGGCUGGCAGCCGAUUGGCUAACAUCCACCGCCAACACCAACAUGUUCACCUAUGAGGUGGCCCCUGUCUUUGUGCUGCUGGAAUACGUCAGUCUGAAGAAGAUGAGGGAGAUCAUUGGCUGGCCGGACGGGCGAGGAGAUGGCAUUUUCUCUCCCGGUGGUGCUAUUUCUAAUAUGUAUGCCAUGCUGCUGGCCCGCUUCAAGAUGUUCCCUGAGGUGAAAGAAAAAGGGAUGUCGUCUGUUCCCAGACUGGUGGCCUUCACGUCUGAACAUAGCCAUUUUUCAAUCAAAAAAGGUGCAGCAGCUCUGGGCAUCGGGACUGAAAGUGUGAUCUGCAUCAAAGCAGAUGAAAGUGGUAAAAUGAUCCCGGCUGACCUUGAGAGGAGAAUACUGGAGGCCAAACAGAAGGGUUUCGUACCUUUCUUCGUGAGCGCGACCGCCGGUACGACGGUGUACGGAGCCUUCGACCCCCUCAUCGCCAUUUCUGAUAUCUGCAAAAAGUACAACAUCUGGAUGCAUGUGGACGGAGCCUGGGGAGGAAGUCUGCUGAUGUCCAGGAGACACAGGUGGAAGCUGGAUGGAGUUGAGAGGGCCAAUUCUGUCACAUGGAACCCGCACAAAAUGAUGUCCGUCCCUCUGCAGUGUUCCGCCCUGCUGGUCAGAGAGGAGGGUCUGAUGCAGAACUGCAACCAGAUGCACGCCUGCUACCUGUUCCAGCAGGACAAGCACUACGACCUCUCUUACGACACCGGAGACAAGGCGCUGCAGUGUGGACGCCACGUGGACAUCUUCAAGCUGUGGCUCAUGUGGAGAGCUAAGGGCACCAUUGGGUUCGAGGCUCAGAUUGACAAGUGUUUGGAGCUGUCGGAGUACCUCUACAACAAGAUCAAAGACAGGGAAGGAUACGAGAUGGUCUUUGAUGGAAAACCUCAACACACCAACGUCUGCUUCUGGUACCUCCCCCCUGGGAUCCGCUACAUGGAGGACAAAGAGGAGAAAAAGAAACACUUGCACAAGGUGGCUCCGGUGAUCAAGGCCAGGAUGAUGGAAUACGGGACCACCAUGGUCAGCUACCAGCCACAAGGGGACAAGGUCAACUUCUUCCGCAUGGUGAUCUCAAACCCUGCUGCUACCUUCCAGGACAUCGACUUUCUUAUCGAGGAGAUUGAACGACUCGGUCAAGAUCUAUAAGACUCCUCGAACCGAACCCUCCUGUACUUUUCCCCCCUUGACGGAUGAAUUGUUUGUCGUGAAUGUACUGGUAAACUUUUUCUUUUCUCUCUCUUUCCUUCCAAAGUCACAUAUUUAAGAGUAUAUUUGAGAAAAAGAUCUACAGAUAUAUCCAUAUAUUAUGUAUUGUAGCUUUGCCGUGGACUGACUGGGUCCAAAGCUAUGUAAAAGUGCUUCUGUCUGCCUUUCCUAUAGUGUAGUAUAUCUCAGAGUAGUGUAAGUGAUGUAACUUUAUAUGUACUUUUUGUGAUAUGAAAUGCUUGUGCAAUAAGUUGGUGAGGAAGAGUUUAUUUUUGAAUCAUUUCUCAUUUUCCGAGUACGUUGUUAAGUGCCAAAUGUGGUUGUGUUCUAUUGUAACAUUUUAAACUUCUGGUUUAAAAACAAAAAUAGCACUUCACCUUACCUCAGCUUGAUCAACUGCCUUUACAUCUGCACAUAGUUCUUCAAAGCAGUGAUUCUGGACUAAAAUUCUCCUAACCGGUGUAGUACCAGCACAUGUUAAAGAACCAUCAUGGAUUUGAAAACAGGAAAAGAAGGUGAGGGACAGAUUUCACAACCGCCAAGUCAAUUUUAAGCAUUUACAAUCAUGUAAGCUCAUUGUGCAUCGCCUUGGCCUUUGAUAGUUUAAUCUGCAGGCUGUUUAUUAAGACUUUUUACUCUUUGUCCCUCUUUCUAGUGUAUUUAAGGUGACUGUAAUGGCUUGUUAAACCCAUUUUGUUUGAGCUAGUUACAUGCACAUAUCAAAAUGGGAACCAUUUCUAUCCAGGCUGUAUAUUUAGCUGUGCUGAGUGUUACUCUUACAUGUUAGAAUGAUGACCAACACUUCAGUUAUAAUCCUUAAGUUUUCUAACCCAGUUUAAUGGACAACAUUUUUGGUCUGCAGUGGGGUUGUAUCCUGUGUUUGCUGCUCUGUGUAGCUGUGCUCAUUGUUACUGGUGGAGAAGUUAGAGCAGUUUACCAGCUGUCCAAAAGUGGGCAGGAAGGAAAACCAAAGCUCUGCAUGUCAGCUUGUACUGGUAUUUGACAUUUUUCAGGGAGUUUGCAUUGCUAAAGAACAAUAUCAAUACAUUGUUAACUAACUUUGUGGGUAUGUCUUUUAAAGGAACUCCAUGUCAAUAUCUAAAAGUGCGAAUUUUAAGAUUUCAAGUUGUACUUAAAGCUGCAGGAGGCAGAAAUCUUUAAAAGACCAAAAUAACAUAGAAUUUGAAAAUACUGCCCAUUUCCUGCAGUUCUUCUCUGUCUGUCCUAAGCCCCUCCCACCAGAUGGACAUGGGCAUUUCAAAUACGCAAAAAUAGUCCAAAAGUAAUAUUCACUUGCAGCCUUUUAAUGGGAUGCCAACCCCACUUUCCUGAGUUGGAGGUCCAUGAUUAUCCCGUUGCACUGCCACAUCUAGCCUCCACUAUGGGCUCUCUAUGCUGCCUCACCUGAUCUGGUUGAAAAUACCUAUGAUUGGCUUGAGAACAGCUCCAUAAAGAAGUGCAAUACUCUGGUUUCCUCUCUGACUAUUUGAAUUAAAAUAAGCUUAAAGGUAAUUAUGGAAUUUUUACCAAAUGAUGCCAAAAAACCACUGCCUACCCUAGCUUUAAAUAAACUGCCACAGAGCCACAGUGGACUUAAUACAUUACCCAGAGUGCAGUAUGGGCCCAACAGCAAAUUCUUGAGGCAGGAAAUGCUGGUAGAUUUAUUUAAUUAUGAUGUUAGGCUGCUUUUUGGGCAUUAUAUGACCUGCAAUACCGUCUGUGGCCACUCUUUCCCAUGCGUUGCUCUUGACAGAUUUCACCUUGAACUGCAUUAUUAAAAUAACCACUGAAAUAUCCACUGAAAUCUUAAGGAUUAUAACUACAAAUCUCAUCUUACAGAGAUUGUUUGACACUCAUGUUUUUGGAUGAGCACUUAUUGAAAGAUCUUGAGAAGCUGGGAACGGGGCAAUAAAUGGUGUUUUUGUUUGGAUACGGGAACUUCGAAAGACUUGCAGCUACUGUAUACCUGACAUCACUUGCACUAAAUCAUAGUGGGGAGGAGCAGCGUCCCUUAGCAUUGCAACUGAGAUUUCUUCUGUAUUCAUUCACAAGCAAUAUUUGAGUAUGGGUCCAAUCUCUCUCUAUAUAUAUCCUGCAAAAUAUCAAAAGAAAUUAAAAUGUACAAUAGUAAAAAGAUAAUCAAGUUUCCAGACCAAACGCACAGUAGUUAGCAAAAAAUAGAAAUUAAAAAAAUUAAGAACUACAAACAUGCUUUCCAUAGGUGGGUUAGUUGUUGGAAUGUGAACCCUGGUUUAACAAGCAGAGGUUUUGUAGCAUUUUCAUUAGAACAAGUUAGACAAGCACAAUUUGCUCAACAUGGUCGCUCAGUGUACAAUCACUUUUGAUCAUAGAUUGUAAAUAGUAUUUCAGUAUGUCCUAAGUACAUAUCUUUGUGUAUACAUACAUGUAUAUAAGACAUAUAACCAGAGACUAUUUGUGAGGUAAAGUUAUUCAUAUUUUCUCUAUCUACGAUAUAGAUUACUUGUAUUUUCAUCCUGUUAGUCCAGAAGGCUUUUUUCCCUGUGUGUAUGUAUGUAUGUAUGUCAGAUACUUGACUUGGUUUGUGACUCUUCUAGCUAUUUCAAAGAAAACAAGUUUCAGGGACUGGCUUUACAGAAAUUGACAGAUUUCACCUUGAACUACUUACGAGUCUCCCUCAGCGAUACGAGACUCUGGUGUUUGGAAUUUUAAACGAAUAUGCAAAGCCAUUUUGACUCUGAAACGCCGUGUUUUUUGUGCACAAGUGAUACUUGACGGUAUGUGCCAACGUGUACCUUAGUGUGUUUGUAACUGUGUUGCCUUAGUAUCAAUUUUCCAGUAUUGUCUAGUUUUCCUCCAGAGGGGAGGUUGUGCACUUUAGAGUAUACACAUGACCUAAUAACGUGCAAUGUCCAAUGGUUGUCCAUGAGUUGAUGUUUUAAAAAAGAAAAAUUCUGCUCAAAAAAUGUAACUUAAGCUCUUCGGUCUGAAUGUGUCUUGAAUCAAGGGUCUGUUGGAAAUGAAAGCAUUUAAGUUUUUUUUGCAGUUUGUAGAUAUUGUAAAGCUUCUUAACUGUCUCAACACCUAACCUAAUUCCUGCUCAUAUUUCUCUUCAGUCCCCCAAAUACAAAUGGCGAACACACUGUGACACAGACAACAUCAGAUUUAUUACAACGACAAAGGGAUCUCACUGCGGUAGUCUUGGAAAGCCAGACACUUUGUUUCUCUCGCUGCUGCUGCUAGACUUGCUUCCUUUGCACGUGCAUGCGAUGCCUUGCCUAUCCAGCUUGUUUGAUAUACAGUCUCCUAUAUAUCUAUUUCUAUAUCUAUAAAUAUAUAUACAUAUAUACAGUACGUGUGGCUCCUGUAAUUAGCUUUAGUGUCCAAUGUAUAGCUUAGCCUGUAGAAUAGUGCACUGUCGCUCUAGCCUUUACAUGUGAUCUCUGUGUCCUGGGCUUCCUGUAAAGUUUCUUUGUGCCGCAAAGCAUGCUAACCUCGCCUAGCACUGUAAUCCUCUCCGCGCUUGAUCUGACUUUCUCUAUCCUCCGUCUUUCUGCUUGAAGACUGUCGCAGCUCUGAACGUAGCGUAUUAUAUCUAUAUGUGUAGUCCCUCAGCAUGUCUCUCUGAAAGCUCUUCUCUGCUCUGCACCUGUAUGACCUUUUCUCUCUUUCUCUUCUGCUUCGCCCUCUGGUAGCAGUGACAAUGUAACCUCGCGCUUUCCUGUAACGUUUUCUUGGCUACCCGCUGUCCUUCUGUUGGCGUGUCUGAGCCGGUAUGUUGACUUGUGUCAUGGUGCCACAGUGCCACUGAUUGUUGCUUUUACUGAGGCCCUUGACUUCUAUGGGAUGUGUGAGAAACAAAUGAUCGAGAUUUGAUUGUCCGAAACUUGCCCCAGCGCAGGUGUUAUUAGAUUUUAACAAAGGAAUAAAGAAGAAAUAUACCCUAGUUUCCUGCUUACGAGAAAUAAUGUUUGUUUAUGAGAACAACUGAAAACCCCCUAGUACUCAGAGUGCAGUUAAUUUCACUGAAUAUGGUGCAAUUUUCAAUCAUAUAUUCUGCAAACUGCUGUGCUAGCUUCUAAAACAUUCAUUUGUCCUGAACUAUAUGUUACUCUUGGGAAAAUAGAAAUAAAUAUUGUCAAAACAAAAA